AUGGUAGAUAAUUCAGUGAAAUCAGACUUUUCUGCUAUUUCCUCAUGGGAAGUAUCUGCUCAGAAUUGCUUUGACGGGCUCGAAGACUUGAAUAAUGUCAAGAACGCGAAUGAAUCGACUGCUUGGGAUGUUUAUCGCCUUCAACUACUCAGUGCGAGGCUGCAUUGGUGGGCAGUGAGAUGGGGCACACAAGGAGGCAACAUGUCCGCUUCAGUGGCCCCAGAUGCCCGAAUCCAAUGCUCCCUAAGCAUUAUUUCUGAUUUGGUGGAACAUCUAGCUCAAUCUUACGAGGACAAGUACGAUGAAACCAGAGCUAUCAUAGAACAACAGGAUAUUGCGUUGUCAAACGAAGCAGUUCAGGAGCGUUUCAGAAGCCUUUGUGAUAAAAUAGAGGAAUUAGAGGACUUUCUUCCUGACUCUGCUCUGAACGGUGCGGUCAUAUUCAACCAUACUCUAUCUGCUAGUCCAGAAGAGCUCAAGGCAUUGAGUCGCCAUGAUGGCAUCGAUGACUUUACCCUGUCGCUUGCCCACCUGAAGGCCACCAGUCUAAGUUACGUCAAUGACAGCCGUUUUCAUUUGAGGGAUAGAUCGUUGAGAGUCGAUGCUAAGCCAAAGUAUCUGCGCGACAAUGAAAAAGGACAUUCUUACUUCGCCGAAUACAACAAAGGCUUGGUUUUUGUGGGCAGGAAAACUGUCCCAAGCCAAGUUGCUAUAGUUCUGUUUGGUGGGUCCCGUUGA